AUGGAAGGGUACACAUACGUUUCUCUGCUGAAAUAUGACGAUCCUAUUUUGGUGAGCAGGAAGACACCUGAGGGCCAAGACCCCCCUGUUAGAGGGAGCCCACAGCAGCCCCCGGCCCAGCCUCCACCCAAACCAUUGGGCCUCAUACCACCUCCACCAAAACCAAAGUGCCCCAUAGCAGAGGCAAAAAAGGAGAAGACUGAGGAGAUCCUCCAUGCCAUCCUGCCACCGAGGGAGUGGGCUGACGGCUGUGGUCUGUGGGUGCAGCGAGUGUCCACCGCGCCCGGCUCACGGAUAGACGUGAUCAAGCUGGAGGAGCAGCUGAACCUGAAGCUGCUGCAGAGGCAGGCUAAGGAGACCGGACUGUGCCAGGUCCGGAGAGAGCUCCACUCACAGUGCUUCGACGAGCUGAUCAGACAGGAAACCAUUAACUGCCCGGACAGGGGGUUGCUACUGCUGCGGGUGCGAGACGAGAUCAGCAUGUGCAUCGCUGCCUACGAGACGCUGGACGAGAGCAGCGUGGCCUUUGGCAUCCGGAAGGUUCUGGAGGCCGAGCAGGGGAAGGCCGAAACAGAGGAACAGAUUGAGGUGCUGGCGGGGGAGAACCGGGCCCUGGCGGGGCAGCUGGAGGAGAUGGAGGCGGAGUGCGAGGCCGUGAACCGGAGGGAGAUGGAGAGACGGGUCAUGGAGGAUAAGAGGCACGUGGACGAGAUCGAGCUCCUGAAGCGCACCAACCAGCAGCUCAAGUAUCAACUGGUGGGCAUCGCACAGAAGUGA